UAAUGUAUUUUAGUCGUUUUCAACAACUAUGUUUUUCCGUAGUCUGUGUACACAAAUUUUAUUAAUGUGUUGAUGUGAUAGAAAGAAAGUAAAAAAAGUAGUGUGCUAGUUUUCGAUACUUACUCCAAAAUAAUUUAUAAUAUUAAAAGCUGCAAUCAUGGCGAAAAUGGCAUUUCAACACCAAGCCGGCACGGCCAUGGAGUGCCUCAGUAUUCCUAUUACACUUCAGAAAGAAGCUGGGGUAGAUGCUGAAGGCCGUGAAGUUAUGAAAUGCGGGUUUAAAAUUGGUGGUGGUAUAGAUCAAGAUUUCCGCAAGAGUCCUCAGGGCUACACUGAUAAUGGUAUUUACGUUACUGAAGUUCAUGAAGGAAGCCCAGCUGCAAAAUCAGGUUUAAGGAUGCAUGAUAAAAUUCUGCAAUGCAAUGGUUAUGACUUUACAAUGGUGACACACAAAAAAGCAGUCAGCUAUAUAAAAAAACAUCCAGUUCUCAAUUUACUUGUAGCAAGGAAAGGUGUUACAUCAACAUAACUGCAAAUUUAGUUAAUAUGACAGCUUUUUUUGUUAUAAAUAAAUCAAAGGAUAUACCAUUAUGAGGCAAACUGCCUGUAGCAUAAAUAUUAUUUAUGUAUUGUAUGGUUUGAUUUGCCUCUUUUAGUAAAUCCCGCUCUUAAGUAUUAUUAUUACAAGCAAUUUUAUACUGUUAUUUAUUUUUAAAUAUAAGGAUUUAAUUUGUAUGUUGAUAAUGAAAAUGUAUUAACGGAUGAAAAAAAAAUCAUUUUAUAAUAUUUUUAUAACAUACUGUUUUAUGGACUUAUAUGUAUUGAUCAUACAAAAUGAAUUCCAUUUGUAUUUAUGAAAAAAUAGAUUUCAUGAUAAGUGAGUUACCAUAACUUUGUGACAAGUAUACCAUACUCAAGAGAAGCAUUAAUUAAAUAAAAUUUGAAUGUUUAACAAAUGUGAUUUUGUCUUUUAAAUGUACAGAAAUUAAAAAGUAUAUUAUAUGUUAAUUGCUUAAAUUGUUACUAUGUAAUACACAUGUGCAUUGUGCCAAAUAAGCUUAACAAAUAUUGUUAAGAUGGAACUUAUUUUCUUAAAAGAGGUUGAUUUCCCAAAAUGAAUUUAUGUUUACUUAAUGUGUGCUAAUUUUUAUAUUUUUUAUUGAUGAUAUAAUGAUAAAUUACAAAUGCACGCAUUCAUGACAAAAAAAUAUAAUAACAUUCCAACUUUUUGAUCUGAGAUAAGCAAAAUAUAAUUUUAAUAGACUGAGGUGUAAGUUUUUUGUUUUAUAAUUUUUUCAGGUUAACAAAACUAUAUAUAAGUUUGGUACCUACAUAUAAUCGUUUUCUACAAUUUUUAACAUUAAUUUAGUCCUCAUACUCGAUUCAGGCAGUUUAUUACUGAAAUAUUAUUUUAUUAAUAUUCAAUAUGCAAUGAUCUCAUUCUAUGUAUGUAUAUAUGUACAAGUUUCUUGUUCCACAACAAUCAUUUUUAAACAAUGUUUGUACUUCAUAACAUUAUUCACUACGUAUACACUACAGUAGCAACUGCAUUCUUGCAGUAAAAUUAUGUAUUUGUGUCUUUGUAAUAACUUAUUUCAUAUAAAAUAUUUAAAUAGCCCAUUCUUUAACAAAAAGAAAAUUUAACCAUAUUCCAUUAAGCAAUGUUCAGUACAUAUAGAUAAUAGUUGAGCCAAAGAAUAGACAAAUUGCUGUUAAUAAGAAUUAUCAAAAUACGCACAAUUGUACUUUAAACAUAAAUUAUGUAUAGGAAAGUCAAUAUUCAAUCACAUUACAUAUAUAUAUAUACCAGAGAGUAUGAUGAUAAGAGUUCUAAAUAUUAUCUUAAUUUUUUUUAUUAAGUUCUUAAUAACCAAUCCAUAUCUAUGCAUGCACUAUGAGAUUUUACUGUGGGAUUCAUUGCUGCCACUUUAAUGGGAGAACUAGCAAUCAUUUUCUGACUACAGUACACCAGUUGACUGAAUUAUUCAAUUUAGUUAACCAAAUAUGACAAGACAAAUUGGCCUAAUGCAUUACCAUUUUCAGUUUAAUCAUUUUUAUUAAAAGCUCUUUAUAAGAAGUGUUCAAAUCCACAUCUUCCUGAGGGAUAUAUUUUGAAGUAUAUUUAAAAUAACACUACUUGAAACAUAGUGAUAUUAAAUUGUAUGAUAUUAAAUCUUGAAAAUAGCCAUUUCUUUAUUAAAUUUAUAGUCAUUUUAGAUAAAUCACUAUAUAUCAGAUCUUACUAUAAAAAUAUAUGAAAUGUUUUAUGUGUUCUCCGAAUUACAUGCAUGGUUAAAUGGACUGGUCUUAGAUUUAAACUAAGAAUAAAAAAGUUUUUACAAUAACUGAAUUUUAUUUCCUAUGUAAAAAUAAUGAUAAAUAUUUAUUUUAAUAGUAUAUUCUCUAAGAUUUAAGGACUACUCAAAAUCGGGCAAAAAAUUUAUUGCUGUGCUGGAGGCCAGUCCCACUGUCCUUUGGGUGGCUUUGCAACAAGAGGUUCCCAUGGUUUCCAGUUCAACAUUUUUCGAGCCAGAUUUAGUUCGUUUUCAGCUUGAAUGAUUAAUUCUUCAGCUUGACCACAAUUAAUUUUCUGUUCUAUUUCACACACAUCUUUGGUCUGAAAAUAAUAAACUUUUUAUUAUUUAUAUUUGAUGAAUUUACCAUUCACAGUACUAUUCAAUAAGGUAUUCAAAAAUUUUCAACAACUGCCUAGACUAAUAAAGGUCAAAGGUCUUAAACCUGACUACAAAUGUUUGACACAACUGAUUGUUUUAAUAUUUUUAUUACUUGCCUGUUGGAGGACAGCAGCUCUUUCACGCACAAUUUGUUCUGUAUAUUUCCGAUACACUGCAUUUUCAGGCAUUUUUUGGAGAGUUCUCAAGAUCUUUCCAUAUAGUGCUCCUAAGGUGUGGUGUGGAUUGGCAGCAACUGCCAAACCUGUGAGACCUGUAGUCUGAAAUUUGUAAUUAAUAAAUAUGAAAAUUGGAUAAAAUCACAUAUGUUGCUAAGGAAGUAGCCCUUAGCACUUGUGUUACCUAUCCAAACCAAAUAAAGAAGAU